GUCGCCGACGACCGCGACGCGCAGAGCGCGGGGGGCCGCCCUGCCGCCGGGGGCCCGGGGCCAUGGCGCUGCGCGCGCGGGCGCUGUACGACUUCAGGUCGGAGAACCCGGGCGAGAUCUCGCUGCGCGAGCACGAGGUGCUGAGCCUGUGCAGCGAGCAGGACAUCGAGGGCUGGCUGGAGGGCGUCAACAGCCGCGGCGACCGCGGCCUCUUCCCCGCCUCGUACGUGCAGGUGAUCCGCGCGCCCGAGCCCGGCGCGGCGGCCGACGGCGGCCCCGGGGUCCCGGCCCGCUACGCCAACGUGCCCCCCGGCGGCUUCGAGCCGCUGCCCGCCGCGCCGCCCGCCGCCCUCCAGCCGCUGCUGCGGCCGCAGCCCGCGCCGCCCGUCAGCACCUUCCAGCCGCCGGGCGCGGGCUUCUCGUUCGGGGCGGCCCUGCGGCCGUCGCCUCCGCAGCCGUAUGGCGGCUACCCGGCCAGUCAGGGCAGCGACGACGACUGGGACGACGAGUGGGACGACAGCUCCACGGUGGCCGACGAGCCGUGCGCGCUGAGCGGCGGCGGCUUCUUCCCGGACCUGGACGGCUCCGGCUCGGCCGCGGCGGCGUCGGGGGGCCGCUCCCGCCCGUCCGCGCGCUGCGACCCGUCGUCGCUCGGUUCGCGGGGCGGCGCCGCGCCGCCGCCGCCGCCGCCGUCGGGGGGCGCCAAGAGCUCGGCCACCGUGAGCCGCAACCUCAACCGCUUCUCCACCUUCGUCAAGUCGGGCGGCGAGGCCUUCGUGCUGGGCCAGGCGUCGGGCUUCGUCAAGGACGGCGACAAGCUGUGCGUCGUGCUGGGCCCCCACGGGCCCGAGUGGCAGGAGAACCCGUACCCGUUCCAGUGCACCAUCGACGACCCCACGAAGCAGACCAAGUUCAAGGGCAUGAAGAGCUACAUCGCCUACAAGCUGGUGCCCACGCACACGCAGGCGCCCGUGCACCGGCGCUACAAGCACUUCGACUGGCUGUACGCGCGCCUGGCCGAGAAGUUCCCGGUCAUCUCGGUGCCGCACCUGCCCGAGAAGCAGGCCACGGGCCGCUUCGAGGAGGACUUCAUCUCCAAGCGCCGCAAGGGGCUCGUGUGGUGGAUGAACCACAUGGCCAGCCACCCGGUGCUGGCGCAGUGCGACGCCUUCCAGCACUUCCUCACGUGCCCCAGCGGCACCGACGAGAAGGCCUGGAAGCAGGGCAAGCGCAAGGCCGAGCGCGACGAGAUGGUGGGCGCCAACUUCUUCCUGACGCUCAGCACGCCGCCGGCCGCCGCGCUCGACCUGCAGGAGGUGGAGAGCAGGAUCGACGGCUUCAAGAGCUUCACCAAGAAGAUGGACGACAGCGCGCUGCAGCUCAACCACACGGCCAACGAGUUCGCGCGCAAGCAGGUGACGGGCUUCAAGAAGGAGUACCAGAAGGUGGGCCAGUCGUUCCGCGGCCUCAGCCAGGCCUUCGAGCUGGACCAGCAGGCCUUCUCGGCCGGCCUCAACCAGGCCAUCGCCUUCACCGGCGACGCCUACGACGCCAUCGGCGAGCUGUUCGCCGAGCAGCCCAGGCAGGACCUGGACCCGGUCAUGGACCUGCUGGCGCUGUACCAGGGGCAUCUGGCCAACUUCCCGGACAUCAUCCACGUGCAGAAAGGUAGCUCGCGGCCGGCGGGAGACGCUGCUCGCCCCCUGGAGGCCGGGGGCUUGGGGGGUUGGGGAUGA